UGCUGCCCAUCAUGCCUUUUCUAUUCCUAUAUAAACCCGGUUACACUUGCACUAAAAUUCCCACAAACCACUUAAAAAACAACACUUCCUUUUUCAAUCAAUUUCUUCAUUAAACCAAUGGAAACUUUCAACCAAGCUUCAAUAGCAAUCCCUUUCCCUUACAAUUAUGGCAUAACAAAUGUUCCUACUUUCACCCCAACUUUUCAUCCUUACACUACUAUCACUACAACAUUUCCUCCUCCUCCCACCACCACUCCUACUACCAUCACUGCCUCCUCAUGGAUGGAUAGUCGCCUUUGGAGCCGCCUUCCGCAACAACUCAUUGACCGAAUCCUCGCUUUCCUCCCCUUGCCCGCCUUCUUCCGUGCUCGGUCCGUGUGCAAGAGAUGGUAUGCACUUCUAUACUCCAACUCUUUCCUUCAACUCUACCUUCAAGUCUCCCCUCGCCACCAUUGGUUCAUCUUUUUCACCCACAAAACACCCAACACUAGUACUAUUUAUCGAAAUAAUAACUUGAAAUAUCAUAAUAACAAUGGAAACGAACAAGGAGACAAUAAUGUUGUAUCAACCAGGGCUUAUCUUUUUGACCCUUAUGAGGUCAAGUGGUACAUUAUCCCUUUCCCUAUUAUACCCGUAGGGUUUUCGCCCGCUACCACCUCGGGCGGGCUUGUUUGUUGGGUGUCCGAUGAACCCGGCCUGAAAAACCUUUUCCUCCACAACCCACUACUCGGGUCAGUCACCCAACUACCACCCACCCGCCGCCCUCGGCUUUUCCCAUCUGUUGGACUGUCUGUUACACCAGCAUCAGUUGAUCUGAUUCUUGCAGGAGAUGACAUGAUCUCCCCUUACGCAGUCAAAAACCUUACUGCAGAGUCCUUCCACAUCGACUCAAGCGGGUUCUACUCCGUCUUCGACACCGCCUCCUCCCUCCCAAGACUCUGCAGCCUUGAAUCAGGUCAGAUGGUUCACUCUGAUGGCAGAUUCUACUGCAUGAACUACAGUCCCUUCAGUGUCUUAGCCUACGACGUCUCCUCGAACGCGUGGUGGAAGAUCCAAGCUCCUAUGAGAAGAUUCUUAAGGUCUCCUUGCUUGGUUGAGAGCAAUGAGAGACUCAUCCUCGUGGCGGCCGUCGAAAAGAGCAAGCUCAAUGUCCCAAGGAGCUUAAGAAUGUGGGUGCUUCAAGGGUGUGGGAGUCAAUGGGCCGAAAUCGAGAGGAUGCCACAACAACUGUAUGCUCAGUUUGAGGAAAUUGAAGGAGGAAGAGGGUUUGAUUGUGUUGGAAGUGGUGAGUUUAUUGUGAUUAUGAUUAAGGGUGUGAUUAAUAAAGGAUUAAUGUUUGAUAUUGAGAGAAAGAGUUGGAUUUGGAUGCCUUGUUGUCCAAGUAAUGGUAAUUUAAGUUGUGAGAUUGGUAGUAAUUUGGAGGGUAAUUUGCAUGGAUUUGCUUAUCAACCAACAUUGGCUGCACCUGUUACUGCACUUGUUCAGCAAUUAGCUACCUCUUCACUUUCAGAGUUUUAAAUUAAUUAAUUAAGUUUAGGAUAAAUUGGAUUUUAACACCUGACAAAAGGCUGAAAAUGGUUUUUAACACCCCCCAAAAAAAAACUUUUAUUUUAACACCUCCCAAAAAUAUAAAAGUUGGAAGUUAACAUCAGUUAACGAUUUCCGUCACGGAAAUUUAACGUGGGUCCCAUAAAUUGGUUUUCGCUCUCCUUCGUUUUCAAUUUUUUACGAAACCCACCUUCGUGGCUGCCAUCCCAUUUUUUCUUCUUAUUCCUCCCUUCAUCUUUUCUUCGUCUUCUUCCUCCCUUCAUCUUCAUGGCUGCCAUCCCAAACUCUUUCCUUCGUUCUUGCCCACCGGGCACCGGCCAACAAACAGCCAUUGACAAUUCUCCCGACAGCCAGCCCCCACCUCCUUUCAAACCCAUCCCCCUUCACCCACCCCCAAAUGCACUCGCGAUGAUUCCGAUCAAGCUUGGUUACAUUAAUGGUAGAAACUCCCACACCACCACAGUCGUCAUUUCGACGAAUAAUCAGCAAAAUUUGAUCAUUUAAUAGAAGGAAGUCGUUGGAUAGUAGCCCAAAUAAGGUCGUCGUCGUUUUCGCGACCGAUUCGGAGUUGGAAAUUAGGGCUUGAUUGAGUUAAAGCUUGAUGAAAUUGGGGGAAUUGAGACAUUUUGAGACGGGUGGAGGGCCGAAAUCAGGACGGAGAAGGGGGGAUGGAAUCGGGACGGGGAAGGUGAGGGGGGCCGAGGUGGCUUCGCUGGCGAAUCUGGUGGAAGAUCUCGCGGAGGUGCUGGUAAGGAACGUGGUGGCUCUGAAAAAUUUGACUGUGAGAUUGGUUGCAGAGUUUAGGCGAGCUGUGUGGUGGAUAUUGUGGGCUUGCUGGUUGAGUUCACAACGAUUUUGAGGGAAUAGCCUGGAGGUUUGGUCGAGUUGGAUUCGCUGGGGAAAUCGAUUUUCGCCACUGUUGGUUGUCCGGAGUGGUGGUUUCUAUGGUGGCUAUUCUAGUGUUUUGGUUGGAAGAGGACAAAACAUGUUUGCUGGCUGCGAAGGCUUGGUCAGUAGCCGUACAGGGCCCUUUAUGGGCGGCGGAAUUGGUGGUAAAAAAAAUGGAAGUUCUCAGUCGCUUUGUUCUCCAACGAAGGAGAAGAUGAACCGGUGUUGAAUUUUUUUAUUUAUUUUUUGUAUGGUUUGAUUUAUGAGCACCAAAAAUCUGUAAAUCUGUAAAUUAUGAGCACCAAAAAUCUGUAAUGGAUAAAAUCAAUGAAAUGAAGGUUCAGAGAGGAAGUUUCGUGUUUUGCUGGGUGAAAAUUGAAGUUGAAGCCAAUUUGUGGGACCCACGUUAAAUUUCCGUGACGGAAAUCGUUAACUGGUGUUAACUUCCAACUUUUAUAUUUUUGGGAGGUGUUAAAAUAAAAGUUUUUUUUUGGGGGGUGUUAAAAACCAUU